AUGAAGAUCAAUGUGUGGUCAGGUUUGGCAUAUAUCUUGGAUAUACUGACCUUAUCUACCCCUCGAGAUAGAGAUGGGGCUCAAACUCCCCUCGGUGGCGUUCGAAUCGACGAUGGUAUGCCUGUCGGCGAUCUUGCCGGAACACCAACGUUUGGUGCACCAAAAAGAGGCAGUGGAUCUUUUGUUUGUGCCUACCCCGAGAUGAAAGGAUAUAAAAGCUGCCAUGGACCUGAACAGCGAGAUUGCUGGCUUACGUCCACUCAGAACUCCUCGGAUAGGUAUGAUAUUGAAUCAGACUACGAGUUUGUUGAUAGUAUUCCAGUUGGAAUAACACGGAAGUACCAAUUGGAUAUUUCCGACAUGCCACUGAAUGUAGACGGAGUGACCAUGGAGCACGGGAAAGUUUUCAAUAGAACCUAUCCAGGCCCGUGGAUUGAAGCUUGUUGGGGCGACUGGAUUGAGGUCAAGAUCACCAACAAGCUUGCUUUCAACGGCACUUCAAUACAUUUCCAUGGUAUCCGACAGCUCAACACUCCGCAUAUGGAUGGCGUGAAUGGCGUCACACAAUGUCCCAUUGCUCCCGGUGACAGUUUCACUUAUAAGUUCCGUGCAAUGCAGUACGGGAGCAGCUGGUAUCACAGCCAUUACUCGCUACAAUAUGGAGAUGGAAUGCUUGGACCUUUGACUAUUUAUGGUCCUGCGACUGCUAACUACGGCUCCAAUGAAGCUUUCAAACCUCUAUUAAUGACUGAUUGGAACCACAGAUCAGAAUGGCCAAUUAUGCUGGAAUCUGGGUCGGCUCCACAGAUGACGAAUAUUCUUCUUAAUGGUCACGGACAAUAUGGCCCAGCAGGAGGUGAGCGGCAUAAAUACCAAGUUACUGUUGAUGCGGGUGAAAGACAUAUGUUGAUUCUGAUUAAUACCGCCGUCGACACGACCUUUGUUUUCUCAAUAGAUGACCAUGAGCUUGAGAUUAUUGAAAUGGAUUUUGUUCCAAUCCGUCCCUAUAAAAGGACCAGCAUUCUAGUCGGCAUCGGUCAGCGAUAUCAUGUCAUCGUCACGGCCAAGCCCCUCAAGCACGUCAAAAACGACAACUACUGGAUUCGAACCAUACCAGCAAGACAGUGCUCGAAAUUCUCUUGUGGACCAGAUGAAAAGAUGGGAAUCUUGCGAUACAAUACCACUACCGACCCAGCCGCCAAAACAGCUGAUCCCUUGAGCGCGCCGUUUCUCUUUGACAUUGCGUGUGCCGAUGAGCCUUACGACAAUCUCAUCCCUUAUCAACCUUGGACAGUGGGAGAACCCGCUAAUAUCAACACUUCUUCUACAACGAAGCCUCCCCCAGAUCAAGCCCACAACUUUGAGAUCAAAUUGAUCGAAUCAUCGGGUGUACCUUACAUACCCGAAAAAGCAUUACUGCGAUGGACCAUGCAUCAAGCACCUUUUCGUAUCAAUUACAGCGAUCCAACCAUUCUAGACCUCAAGCGAGAAAAAUGGGAGAAGACUCUUAACGUAGUCACAUUGGACGACAAAACCGAAGAUCAAUGGAUCUGGCUCGUGAUCACUGCACCGGGUGAGGUUCCUUCGGAUGGUGAGGGCCUGUUUAUUCCCGCUGCUCACCCUAUGCACCUUCACGGCCACGACUUUGCCCUAUUGAAACAGUCGAGCGAUCCGUGGAAUGCCACUGAGGUCGAACUAAACUGCAACGGCAAGGGCAUCAAAUGUGAUAAUCCACCCCGUCGGGACGUAGCCUUGUUGCCGGCCUCUGGAUAUCUCAUCAUCGCCUUCAAGGCUGACAACCCAGGUCCAUGGCUCAUCCAUUGUCACAUUGCCUUCCAUGCCUCCUCCGGUCUUGCUAUGCAGGUCAUUGAAAAUAAGCAUCUGAUUCCUCCAACCCUUGGGGAAGAUAAACAAGUAUUGGAAGAAUCGUGCCGGAAAUGGAAUGCGUGGUUGGAAGACCCCUUGAACCAUUGGGACUUCCAUGAUACUUCGCAUUUCCAAGAUGAUUCCGGAGUCUAA